CAUCUCUCUCAAGAGUCUCACAUGUUCCUACUCAAAACUCCAACUCUGUUCCCCAACACAAACACAAACACACUGAUUCUCCUCUCCCUUCCAGUCUGAAUCAUCAUCAUGGCUCUUGUCUCCAGGCUUCAAUCUCUGUCUUCUACUCUGUCUUCCACCCAUUUCAGAAAACCCAGUUCCUUCAACCCUCAACCCAUUUGCUCUCUUCACUUCAACUCCUCCCCUUCUUAUACUUCCCCUUUCACAGAGAAGCACUCUAUUGAGAGGUACCAGAGAGACCAAUGGCUUUACAGUAACCAACUGAACCGAACUCUCCCUCCUCCUCCUGAUUCUGAUGCUGAUUCUGAUUUCGCAAGGCAGAACGACAUUGCUUUGCAGCUACCGGAGCUCAGAAAGCUGGUUGAGGUGCUGAGAGAGAAGAGAGAAAAGAGAGAGAGGGAAGGAGGGUGCGGUGGAGGCAAGUGUGGGCCUGGCAAUGUCUUCUUAGUGGGCACUGGCCCUGGGGACUCUGAACUCCUGACAUUGAAGGCUGUCAGAAUCAUUCAGAGUGCUGAUUUAUUGUUGUAUGAUAGAUUGGUGUCCAAUGAUGUCUUGGAUUUUGUUGCCUCUGAUGCUAGACUUGUCUAUGUGGGCAAGACUGCUGGCUACCAUAGCAGAACCCAGGAGGAGAUACAUGAAUUGCUACUGAGUUUUGCUGAAGCUGGAGCUACUGUUGUGAGAUUAAAAGGAGGGGAUCCAUUGGUGUUUGGAAGGGGUGGGGAGGAGAUGGAUUUUUUGCAACAGCAAGGAAUUCAAGUGCAAGUUAUUCCAGGUAUCACUGCUGCUUCUGGCAUAGCAGCAGAGCUCGGGAUCCCAUUAACUCACAGAGGUGUUGCAAAUAGUGUCAGAUUUCUGACUGGGCACUCCAGGAAGGGAGGAACAGAUCCUCUUUUUGUGGCAGAGAAUGCAGCUGAUCCUGAUUCCACCUUAGUGGUAUACAUGGGUUUGUCGACUCUCCCUUCUCUUGCUCAAAAGUUGGUCCAUCAUGGUCUGCCACCUACAACACCAGCUGUUGCAGUUGAGCGAGGGACCACACCUCAACAACGCAUGGUCUUUGCAGAGCUCAAGGAUCUUGCCAAUGAAAUUACAUCAGCAGAGUUGAUAUCACCAACGCUCAUAGUCAUUGGGAAAGUAGUUGCACUUUCACCAUUGUGGCCACAUACUUCGAAUGAAGUGUCCUCUCUUGUCGGAGCCAUAUAGACACGAUUGAGUGGGUGCAACAAGUACCUUUGUCAUUCACUUUGACUUCAGAACUUCGGCUCAAUGCUCAUAAUUUUCGUAAUUUGGACUUCCAUCUGAAUUUCAAAUCAAUUUUAAUGUGGGGGAUGAUCUUGCUUAAGAUCGAAGUGAGUUGGCUGCUUCUAUUUGGAGGCAGAUAAUGUUUCAAGGAGCUUUUGAAUGGUGGAGGAUGAUCUUGCUUAAGAUUGAGAGUUAGCUGCUUAUUUUUGGAGGCAGAUACUGUUUCAAGGAGCUUAUUGUUUACAAACAGUGCCAGCCUGUGCUAGAACAUAGUAUGAUGCUUCCUUGUGAGGAAAUGAAUGAAUUUCAUGCACUGAUGUGAAAGAGGGAGCUGGGUUUUUGUUCACCAGCAGAUAGACUAAAAGAUCCUUUUGUUCAGUCUUGUAGAAAAUUCUUUCAAUGAUUAUCUUGCGAACAGAUUUCGUUCAAGAGAUUUUGGUUCACAUUAGAAACUUCACAACCAAUAAAUAUGGAAUGACGUUCACUUCUCUCUAGGCAUUUCUUUCAGCUUUGGCUUCUCAACUAGCCUAGUUUUGUUCUCCAAUUGAUAUUCCAAACCGAUGUUGAAUACGACCCCUAGGGAGGUGGCUAUAUAUG